AUGGCGUUUGCAAUUGCAGGCGCUGUUCAAGCCGUAUGGCUGCACGGAGCAGAUGCAGACCGUUUAACGUUGCCUAGCGGGUCACCAGUGAGCCACACUGACGGAACUGUUGCGUAUGCCGUGCGGUACUAUCUCUGUCUGAUUGUUAUUUUCCCAGUUAGCUCUUCUGUUUAUACUUACACUAUGCCUGUGGGCUCUGUCCCAGAUCCCACAUUAUUCUCCUGGGACAUUGGGCAGAUCUUACUUCAAAAGACAGCUGAAAAAGAAGAUGGACUGAAAAAAGCAUUUCAGAUGCUUGAUGUUGGUCAGACCCUGACAGUCACAAAGGGUGAAUUCAGGAGAGUGAUUGAAACCUUUCUCUUCCAUCUAACAGAAGCUGAAUUUGAUGCUGUGCUGGCAGAGGUUAAACAGCCACAGUCGCCAAACAAUGACGUUAAGUCAGCUGGAAUCCCUGCUCAAGGAGAAAGUAUGUUGACCAGGCUGUGUUCAGCCUAUCAGGACAUUGAAAAAGCCUUCAGAGCAAUUGAUGUCAGUCAGAGUGGAUUUGUAUCUUUGGAUUACUUGAAGUCAGUCAUAAAUGGCUUUAUAUUUCCUUUUAAACGACAUGGAAAGAUCACAAGAAGUGACCUUCGUCAUGUUUUAUGUAACUUGGUAUUUCAAAUGAAAGAUAAAGACUUCCAGGAGUUAAUUGAGAUAAUUGAUCCAGAACAGACUGGAUACCUUGACUACCACGAAUUUUUAGACUUGUUUGAAGAAAAAGAAUCAGUAGUGGAGGAGAUCCUUUCAGAUAAAUUUACAGAAAAUUGGAAAGAUUUUCGUAAGGCUUUGCAGUCCUAUGAUCCUAAGUGUACUGGCACUGUUAACAGAAGUCAUCUAAGAGAAGUCCUACAGCUAUGUUGUCCCUCUUUGUCAUAUCAACAACUUAUGAAGGUCAUUCAUGGCAAGGUCUAUGUUGAUAGGCAGAAGAAUAUAAUAGUCAGUGGGAUGGGGCAGGUGUUGGAAGAUCAUGGCAUGCCAAUGGAUGACAGUCAAUUUAAUCUAACAGAAAAGCUAGGUUACCGGAUGGGAGGGUUGAGUUAUCUGGAUUUUGUUGCAAUACUGGAAGAUGCCAGAUUGAAUGGGCCAGGAGCUACAUUAUGUAACAGCCCAAACCACAGAGUAAAUGAUGCUAAAUGUCACUACAUGACUGCUGAAGAAUGUCUCAAUCUACUUAAUGAUAAGCUGAUGGAAGUCUAUGGGGACACCUAUUCUGCCUUCCGUGAAACAGACAGUAACCAUGACGGUAUCAUCAACACGCUUGACUUUCGGCAAUUCUUGGACAGCUUUCUGCUUCGCCUUGGAGAUGAGGAAUUCCUGCUCCUACUUGGUUUGUUGGGAAUGAACCUGACCUCCACGUUAAAUUACCAAGAAUUCAGAGAUAUAUUUAUAAAAAUAAUGACAAGAUACAGCAGGACUGAAAAAGCUCCUGAUCAGCUUCUGAGAAAAAAACAGAUGAUAACGGAUGCAGAGCUAGCUUGUGAUCACGCUCAUUACUACCUUGUUAUCAAAGCAAGAACCAGAUGGCAUGACCUAGCAAGGAAUUUUCAGAAAUUUGACAGUGAAGGAAAUGGCAUUAUACAGCCAAGGGACUUGAAGAAAGUCUUGUUCGGAUUUGGCAUUCCAAUCACCCUGGAAGAUUUUAAGCAGCUUUGGGCAAGGUAUGAUACAGAUGCAAAAGGAUAUCUUACUCACCAAGAAUUUUUACAGAAACUGGGAAUGGAGUUUGCACCCACUGACACAGAGCUCAGCAGACACAUCACGGAAGACAGCUAUGCACGUUUACGAGCACAUUAUGAUAAUCACCAAAAAGCAUUCAAAGCUGGAAGAGCAGCAGCAACACUUGUGGUUCCAGUCCUAACACUGCUAUCAGCUCAGAUUGAGGGAGAAGAGCAAGUGCAGUUUUGUCACCCUGCAGGUCUCUUCUUCUCAGACUGCUUCAGGGAUAAAUUUAGGGAUUACUUCCAAGAUUUCAACAGGGCCUUUCAUAAAGUGGAUAAAAAUAGAGAUGGCUAUGUAACAGUAUGUGACCUGCACAGGAUACUACAAGAAUUCAACUAUUACCUUGAUCAUGAUCAGUUCAGCAGUAUUCUAAACAGCUUAGGAAUCAGCAUUCAUGACAGCAAGCUCUCUCAUUUUGAUUUCCUGAGAGCAAUUGAUGAUGGCAGAGCAUCUAAAUACCAACAGAGACAAAAGCAGGCUGUACCACCUGCAAGCUUUGCAGCGCUCAGCUUAGAACAGACCCUAAUUAAGACAAAAGAAAUAGUUGCAUCAUCUUAUGGUUUUUUGUACAAGGCAUUUUCUCUAUUUGAUAAAGAAGACACUAGAGUAAUUAAAGCACUGGAAUUUCAGCAAGUACUUGACCAUUUCUGCUUUAAAUUAUCAGACAAGCAGCUCAGGCACCUUCUCAAGAACCUUAACCUUUGUGAGGACUUCACAGUAGAGUGGAAAGUUUUCCUGAAAAGCUUAAACCACCUCACAGAGACUGAGGAAGGGCAAAAAGUCAUUCUGCCUAAAUCUGCUUGGGAGCUGUCAGAGAGAGGCAUCCUCUCACAGAUACAAGAAGUAGUGGCUGCUGGCUUUAACACAAUUGCACGAGAGUUUAAAGAUAUUGACUAUUCAAAAGAUAAUACAGUAUCAAAAGAGGAGUUCUGGGAUAUGUGUAACUGACAUUUUCAGCAGCUGACUGAAGAACAAUUUGAAAAUCUUUGGAACACAGUGGAUGUCAGCACUGGUGGACGGUUGAAGUAUCAGGACUUUUUGAAGAAGUUCAGCUCAGAACUUAUACCAGCAUCCAGUCGUCCUCAGACAACAACAACUUGUUCUGCACCUGUCCUUAACUGCAAAACAACAGACAAUAAGAUAAGAAAGAGCAUCCAGCAUUCCUGGAGAGGCAUACUGAAAGUGUACAAAGAGAAGGAUGUCAGCAAUCUAGGAGAAAUCCCAGUGUCAGACUUCCUAGAUAUAGCAGAGAAGUCCAAUUUGGAUUUAAGUGAAGGGGAAAUUAAUCAAAUAACAACAAAAUAUGAUUUCAAGAAAAAUGGAAGAUUUGCAUACUAUGACUUCCUUCAGAGUUGUAUCUUGUUGUUAAAACCACAGGAAAGCUCACUGCUAAGGAGGGUGAUUAUACAGAAGCCACAAAAGCUGCUGAGUCCUGGACCACAAACGAUGUCGUUCUUCAGUGCAAUGCUGAGAAUUCAACCCCAGAUCCUGCACUGCUGGAGACCAAUGAAGCGAACUUUUAAAUCUUAUGACAAAAGUCGUACUGGACAGUUAAAUAUUGCAAAUUUCAGACAAGUUCUUCAUGAGUACAGCAUCGACCUAACUGAAGAGGAGUUAUUCAACAUUUUGGAAUACUAUGAUAAAACUUUGUCUUCAAAAAUAUCCUAUAAUGAUUUUCUCCAGGCAUUCGUACAGUAG